AUGUCAUGCUGUCACCUCAUUUGGAAUCCUUUGAUUGACCAUCGUUCGUCUUUAGCCUCUACACGAUCGUACACCCCACUCAAGGUCGUGGGCGAUGGCUCGUUUGGCACGGUAUGGCUGUGCGAUUGGCAUGGGACGCUACCGCCCAAUACACCCAUGUCCGCCAUGCAGUGCGGAGCUGGCGCACGCCCGGAAUACGCGGGCAAGAGACUGGUCGCCGUCAAAAGGAUGAAGAAACGAUGGGAGGGUGGAUGGGACGAGUGCAAGAAGCUCAAGGAGCUCGAGUCCUUGUGUGCGAUAACAUAUCAUCCCAAUAUAAUACCCCUAUACGACUUCUUCCUCCUGCCAGCUUCGAAGGAGCUCUACUUCGUCUUCGAGUCUAUGGAGGGCAACCUAUACCAGCUCAUCAAGACUCGCAAAGGCAAACCUCUGGCAGGCGGCCUCGUCUCUUCUAUCUUUCGCCAGGUUGUCUCGGGGCUAUAUCACAUCCAUGCAUCUGGCUACUUUCAUCGCGAUAUGAAGCCAGAGAACUUGCUUGUGACGACUACGGGGCUGUACGACUACCGGUCACUAUCUCCGCUCGCAUCCCCCGAUGCGCCUCUAGAAAAAGACGUAGUCGUGAUCGUCAAGCUUGCUGACUUUGGAUUGGCCAGGGAGACGAACAGUGCGCCACCGUACACGGAGUAUGUAUCGACGCGGUGGUAUCGUGCUCCCGAGGUGCUCCUGAAAAGUCGGGACUACUCCAAUCCCGUCGACAUGUGGGCGCUUGGCGCCAUUAUGGCCGAACUUGUCAAUCUGAGACCUCUAUUCCCUGGGCAAGGCGAGAUUGACCAAGUAGCGCGAAUCUGCGAGCAGCUUGGUGAUCCGUGCGAAGACUACGGUACAGAUGCACGGGGCAAGCCAAUCGGGGGCGGCAAGUGGACGAGAGGUGUGAGAAUGGCGAGGGCGGUGGGAUUCUCGUUUCCGAAGGUUUGUCCCGUUUUGCUUUUUCCCCGUUUCGACGACUGA